UGACGGCGUUGGCGAGACCUCGGAGCCGGGAUUAAGAUGGCGGCAGCGAUUUGCGGCAGCAACAGAGUUCGCUUUCUGGUGGAUGGGCUCUUUCGCAGCUGCGUGGCCAUCGUGACCGGCGGCGGCACGGGCAUCGGCAAGGCCAUCACCGCCGACCUGCUGCAGCUCGGAUGCAAUGUUGUCAUUGCCUCUCGCAAAUUUGACCGAUUAAGUGCUGCAGCAAAAGAACUGGCUGACAAAAUUCCUCAAACAAAUUCUGCCCAGGUGACCCCUAUACAGUGCAACAUUCGCAAAGAGGAGGAGGUAGAGGCCCUGGUGAAAUCAACACUGAAGCUUUAUGGUAGGAUAGAUUUCUUGGUCAACAAUGGAGGAGGCCAAUUUCCUAGCCCAGCAGAAGCAAUCAGCUCAAAAGGCUGGAAUGCGGUCAUUGAAACCAACUUGACUGGAACAUUCUACUGCUGUAAAGCAGUGUACAAUGCUUGGAUGAAAGAUCAUGGAGGUGCUAUUGUCAACAUUGUGGCUGAUAUGUGGAAAGGGUUUCCUGGAAUGUCGCACACAGGUGCAGCAAGAGCUGCAGUUGACAACCUGACCAAAUCCUUUGCCAUUGAGUGGGCCCACAGAGGUGUGAGAAUUAAUGCCGUUGCCCCGGGAGUGAUAUUUUCAGAAACAGCUGCUUCAAAUUACAAGGAUGGCGAAGAACUAUUUAUGUACAGCAUUGAAAAAAUUCCUGCAAAACGAUUAGGAGUUCCAGAAGAGGUAUCUUCUUUGGUGUGUUUCCUGCUUUCUCCGGCUGCCUCCUUUAUAACUGGAGAAACUGUGAAAAUUGAUGGUGGACAGAGCCUCUACAGUUCUGUUUGGAAAGUUCCAGAUCAUGACAGGUGGCCACCUGCUCCAGAUGGAGAUAAUGCCAAAGCACUCAAGACCAUUCUUUCAAGAAAACCUUCGUCAAAACUAUAAAUUUUAAAAUGGGGCUAUUCCCUUUUGUUCCUGUUGAUGGAGAAAUGGUGCCUUUCAGUAAUUUACUGCAAUAUUAAGAAACUCUGCCCCUUUGAGGUUAUAAAUAUGUAUUUCAGAUG